CAAAACCAAAACAUAAAUUACAACACGUGGAUUAAAAUAAAAAUGUCUGCAAGAUUAAUUAAUUAAAUAAAUAUUUAUUAUUUUUGAAUUUAAAUAGUAAGAAAACUAGUGAGAGACAAAAUGGAGAAAAAAAAUACUGAAAUGAAACGUAAAUCCCAAUCAAGUAAUGAAGAGCCGCCAGACAAAAAAGCCCGAGUUGAUAUCAAAAAUAUAUUGCUGCCGUCUGAUAACAAAGAUUUGAGUUCUCAUAGUAUUCAUGAUGCACCCGAGAGUUCGAAUACAUCAAAGAUUUGUUUACCUGAACCCAAUGAUGACCCAACAUCAUCAAAUGUCGAUGACAGAAUUAAUGGAGUGGAAAUUAAUGAGCCAGUAAUUGAAGACAGCCAAAUUAAUGACUCUAGUGAUCAUGUGUCCAGUGAAAUAAAUUCUGAGACAAAUAAAGAGGAUGAAAAAAAUAGUAUAGACAAAAAUAUCGAGUCAGUACCAACAGUCCAUCAGUCUACAUCUAUAGAAGAAGUCACGGGGAUACGAGUUCCUUGUGUUAAUACAGAAGACAAAUUGAUUGAAUGCAAAAUUCUCAAUGACAAUAAUGAUAAAAAAAUAAAAUGGAAUGAUAAGAACAAUUUAACGAGCACAGAUCUACGAGAUGAUUCAAAUAAAAAUAAUCAAGAUCCUCAAACGUCAACGAAUUCUUUAUUACCAAGAAAUAAAUGUAUCUAUGGUGCUGAAUGCUUUAGAACAAGUUCUGAGCACAAAGCUAAAUAUAGUCAUCCAGGUGAUACGGAUUUCGAAGUCAAAGACAACAGACCCGAGUGUCAAUAUGGUACCAAGUGUUACAGAAAAAACCCACAGCAUUUAAAAGAUUACAAACAUACGAUAGUAAGACGUAAACGGAGAGUAACUGUUGAUCAGGUACAGCUGUUAAAAAAAGACAAAAACGACGAUAAAGAUUCAGGUGAAUCAUCGUUCGAGGAAUCUGUCGAUGAAUCUGAAUAUGGACCAUCAGAUUUAGACAGCUCGGAAGAUGAAAAUGAGUUUGAUGAUGACAGUGAUUGGUAGAUCUAUAAAUUACUUGGGUACCUUUGUGAAAAGUAUAUAAAUAUUUUAAAUAAAUACCAAUAUUUUUGUAUGUUUAUUAAAUUUUAUUACAAAAUUAUAAUAC